AUGGAUUCUACAUUUUCUACUUUCGACUCCAUCUCUUUCGUCCAGGGGUCCGAUAUCCCUCAGCUCACAAUCUCUCCGGCGGAAACAACGCUCAAGCUCGAUGAGCUGACCCCGGAGCCCAAGGAUGAGACGCCCAAGCCCGAAGAGAAAAAGCCGGUCAAGAAGAGAAAGUCAUGGGGUCAAGAACUACCCACCCCAAAGACAAACUUGCCGCCAAGGAAACGCGCAAAAACUGAAGAUGAGAAGGAGCAACGCAGAAUCGAACGUGUUCUUCGUAACAGAGCAGCCGCCCAAAUUUCAAGGGAACGAAAGCGACUGGAAAUCGAAAAGUUGGAAACCGAAAAGGCCAAGAUGGAACAGCAGAAUCGGUUUCUUCUGCAGCGAUUAGCACAAAUGGAAGCAGAAAACAACCGUUUGAAUCAGCAAGUCGCCAAACUCUCGACUGAAAUUCGCAGCUCUCGCGGCACUUCUCCUCAAUCGGUAUCAGCACCUUCUCCAACACUAGCUCCGGUUCUCUUCAAACAAGAACAUGACGAUUUAGAUGUGGAGAAGAUCCCCAUUCCGACCCCACCCAUCACCCUCUACUCUCCCAGUGCGACCAUCGUCGAUUCCGUAGAGACCUCCGAUUUGACACAACAUCCUGCAGAGAUGUUGUGUGGCCUGCAGUGUCAUCAUGCAGCACCUCUUUCUGACGAUGACUUCCGCCGCCUAUUCGACGGUGAUUCUUCCUCUGAACCAGAUCUUUCUUUCCUUGAAGACGGGUUCUCCUUUGAUCUUCUCCCAGGAGGAGAUCUGCCGACACUUGCCUUUGAUUCUAUGGUUGAUUUCGACCCCGAGCCUGGCAAAGUCGAAAACCUUGAGUCAGCGAUCGGUCUUCCGGGUCCAACUUCUCACCCGAUUGCUAGCGUGCAGCCCAGCUUUGGCGCGUCCACUGAGAGAUGCGACGAGCAGGGCAUUGCAGCUAGCAGUGCGUGA